AUGGAAGGCGCGCCGCCGCCGAAGCCUGCAGAGGGGCCGCAUGAGCAGCAUCGCGCCUUCGUCAAUGCACCCUUCCAGCUGAAGGUGGAGACCUACGAAGACUUCGCGAAGCUGCUCCCCAGCCUUGGGCAGGAGGCCACUUCCCGGGCCAGCGUGGAGGAGGAGUUGCGGAAGCUCAACAUUGACCCCAAGAUCUUUUACAAGAGCCGGCAGCCGCUGAAGGUCAGUCAGUACACGCCCGAGGACUUCGGCUUCGAGCCCGAGACCGAGGACUUGCCGCCCCUGCCGGCGGGUUUCCACCCGCCGGCGCGCGGCGCGGAGGAUGCUCCAGACAACGAAGGCAAGACGCCGAUGAAAUGGAGAAUCAGCCCAGGGAUCAACUCUGUCUUGGGCGUGCAG